ACAUAGGAUAUAUUGGACAUAACGGCGCUGUUAAGAUCACGAAACCUCAGUAGACAUCGCCUCGAUUUUGGAACUUCCGUAAAUGUGAAGACAUUAGAGCCUAGCAAUUAUCUAUCGUCUCGUGGCGAGGCGUGGUAACUGAUAAUGAAAGAGGACUUCAGUUGGAAAAGAUUGCAGAAAUAGGGUUCCAGAUAUAAGCUCUUUCGAAUGGGUAGUGCUGCACACCAAUUAAGGAGAUACCACAUACGACGAGCAUUUAGCUGUGCACAGGCGGUAGUGGUGAUGAAACGAAAUGAGAUCCACGUUGUAACGGCGAGGUGGGGAGCCACCAGGAACACUAGAAAAGCGCCUACAUGAGGUGGGUUGUGGGCAUAAGAACGAUGCUUCUCACCCCACAUCAAAUUUACAAUAUAAACAUGUCCACAAAACGUACCUGUCAUUUGCUACUGACUAUCUGUUUCUCUCUCUAGACCAGUACAAUAUGUCAGUCGAGCUUUCGGAUGUGGCAAGAAACGCAGACCUUGUUGUGAAAGAGCGCUCAACGCAGCCACGAAUAAUGCUAGGACACACAUCGUCAGUGUUGGCAGCUGCGUUCUUCAAAGACGGUCGAAGGGUUGUCACGAGUUCAUCGGACAAAACCCUGCGAAUUUGGGAUGUGCAGACAGGAGCAUUGGUAGGAGCACCAUUCAAGGGACACAAGGGCUGGGUGCGAUCAGUCGCCAUAUCCCCAGACGAUAGGAGAAUUGCGAGCGGUGGAGAGGACAAAACCAUUAUCUUUUGGAAUGCGGAGAACAAGCAGAUGAUUUUGGAACCGCUGGCGAAGCAUACGCGCGAUGUGAACUCGGUGUGCUUCUCCCCCGAUGGUAAAAGACUGGCAAGCGGGUCAUCUGAUUGCACGGUUGUUGUAUGGGAUGUAGAGACUGGCGCUGUCCUCGCAACACUUCGUCACGACAGUUUGGUGUUGACUGUGGUAUUCAGCCCCGACGGGUUGAAAUUAGCCUCGGGAUCAAAAGACAAUACCAUUCGCGUUUGGCACACCAAUGACGCCGAGGUUCUUCUCAAGUUUAACGCUCACCAAGAUCGGAUCCGAAACGUUGUGUGGUCGCAUGACGGCCAGCAACUUGUCUCCGCGUCGUACGACCAAACAGUCAAGUUUUGGAACUCGUCAGAUGCAGACCAGAUUGGUCAACCUUGCGCUGGUCACACUGCCUGGAUCUAUUCGCUCGCCAUCUCUUUUGACGACUCCUUCAUUGCCACUGCAUCUUGUGACGAUACUGUGCGACUGUGGAGCACAAAAACACACCAACAGAUAGGGCAGGCACUUGAACAUACCACCUGGGUCGGCUGCGUCGUAAUUUCUCCCAAUGGAGAACUGCUCAUGAGUGGAGAUGGAGAUGGGAAGGUUCGACUCUGGUCCAUCAAGAACAUACUCGAGGAAUAUCAUAGUGCGGAGGAUAGGCUGAAGGAAGAGCUAGACAGUGCCAAUCAUGAUGCUCUGUCGACACCUCUUUUACCAGACAUCGCUCAAAGUGACAUCCAGUCACGCAACGAAUCUGAAUCCUCUGACAAUUGCGACAUUACGAGCAAUCAUUCUUCGGAAACUCACGUAGCCUCUAGCACACGCACAUUUCCUUCAUUAUUCGAUAAUCUCCCUAUGAACACGACGGUUCGCAAUGCAUGCAUCACUGGGGACUUGCAUGCUGCUGAAGAGAUUCUGACCCAGGAGAUCGACACUCAUGGUGACAACUGCGAUUCUCAUGCCAGUCGCUCAGUUGUGAUGGCACGGAAUUCAGAUUGGGACCAGGCACUUCGAGAUGCAGACAACUCGAUUGCUAUCCAACCCUCAUUGAUGGGCUGCAUCUCUAAAGGCAUUGCCCUUUGCGGCAAGGGGCAACUUUGGGAUGCCAUGGAAGCUUUUGAUCUCGCUUUCACAUUUGCCACUCAUGAUUCGAUGACCACCAAUCUCUUACUGUUGAUCAAGGCUGUCGCGCUUUUCAAUGCAGGUCGUCACGACGAGGCAGUCCGGCGAGUUCAAGACCUAACCAUUACUUGUCAGCAUUUAGAUACACUUCCGUGCAGCGUCGUAAACUCAUAUCUACAUGUACAACUUGCAAACAUCUCUUUUGAGAAUGGGCAGUACCUCAAAGCUGCUGAACAAUCCACGGAGGUCCUCAUUACGACCCUGACUGGUUUGUCCUUGCGCACGGCACUCUGCGAACCUAGAUUAAAGAUAUUCACCGUGGUGCGUCACUACAACGUCACAGCACUUCCAAUAAUUGACGAUAUGCGCUUUGCAGCUCUUCGGUUGGGACUUGGAUUCGUUAUGGCGAACCGUCCACCAACAACGGUGUGACGCGUUCCUCCGCGCGGAUCAAGUGAUCGAAGCGGUCGAAUCGUAUCAAUACAUGAUGCGCAUGAUUGAUGGGACUGAGAAGACCAGCUGUCUCGGAUGGUCUACCACCUUCAAGCAAGACUGCAUUGCACGCUGUGUGGCCAAGGGAGAAGACGCUGUUGUUACAAACGAUCAUGCAAGAGCUAUCGAGCUUUAUUCGGCAGGGAUCGGGCU